AUGGCUCCUGCAGAAGGCGAGGGGAACUGCGUUGGGUACGCCGCGCGCGACGCGAGCGGGGUGCUGUCACCGUGGAGGUUCCAUCGGCGGGAGGUGGGGCCCGGCGACGUGAAGAUCCGCAUCACUCACUGCGGCGUGUGCCACAGCGACGUGCACCUGGCGAGGAACGAGUGGGGCAACUCCAUGUACCCCAUCGUUCCCGGGCACGAAAUCAUAGGAGUGGUGGAGGAGGUCGGAGCGGAGGCAGCAGCGGGCUCACUGGAUGUGGUCAUAGACACGGUCUCAGCGCAGCAUGAGCUGGGGCCCUACCUCGACCUCCUCACAUUCAAUGGAAAGCUCCUCCUUCUCGGCAUCCCCCCAGCACCCUUCACUCUCCAUGCCAGUCAGCUUGUGUUCGGGCGUAAGAUGGUAGCAGGAAGUUUGAUUGGAGGAAUCAAGGAGACUCAAGAAAUGCUGGAGUUCUGUGCAAAGAAUGGUGUGGCUCCCCAGGUGGAGAAAAUUGCCAUCGGAGAUAUCAACAGGGCAUAUGACCGUUUACUUAAGGUCAGCGCGAUUCGGCAUUCGGCGAGUACCUCGGCGCUCGAACCGCCGUCGAGUGUCCGCCUGAACAGCAGCAGCAUCGCGGCGAGGCGCACGGCGGAGGCAACCCGUGAGAAUAACCCUCGGGGACCCGUCGCGGCUAGUGCUCGUAAAACGGAUGCUUCUUCAUCCUCCGACGCGCGAGUAACGCCGCGCUCGCGGCGCGGCCUGAGAUUCAGCUCCGAGAUGGGCGGCGCCGCGGCGACGAGACUUGAAGUCCCCCAAUCCCGUCAACUGCGCCACAACGACACUUGGCAUGGCGAGUCGCUCGAUCGCCUGGCGAUCCCGAGGGCGCGGACCGACGUCGCUCGCUCGUCGCAUCAUCUGUCGCCGCGAGAAGCGCCGCGACUGCUGCUUCCCCGCGCAGCGGCAGGCCCUGGCGGACAGCGCACCGACCCCGCCUCUUGCGCUCCCCAUCACCCAUCGCCGCGCUCGUCCGGCAGAGGCGCCGCGACUCGCGGCAUACUGAAGAGCGGUUCGGACCCAGAUCUGGCGGCUAGAGAAUCCAACUUUGCAAAAUCGACGACGCUGACACGUGUCAUGCCCUCCGCAAUCGCCGCUGCUGUCGACACGCGGCCCUUGCUCCAAGCGCAGCCGCAGCGUCCAAGCAACAGGGCGAGAGGGCCGACGACGACGCUGAGCCGUCAGAUUCCGCGGCCAGCAGCCCUGGUGAUCGAUUGCGAUGCAGGCGAUGAUGACGACGUGGCCGAGCCGCCUCUAUCAGCGAAGAACCACCACACGUCGCCUGCUAGUCACACCCGCCAACGUCGCGAUAGGCGCAGCCCCGCUGCGCCCGGCGCCAGCCACCAGGAUCAGUUCCCCGUUGGCGGGACGACCGUUGGAAGGGCGCAACGGGGACAAUGCUCCGCCGUGGCGCAAGCUCCUUCCGCCUCCUCCGCCUCGCCCCUGGACCCCGCAUCCCCUUCCGCCACCUCCCCCCGCUUCCCCUGCGCCAUCCCGUCGCCUCGUCUCAUCCCCAUGGCAGCUCCCACAGCCUAUCUGCAAUCGCCACGUCAGCAGGUGCUACCAUCAGCCUCUCUGGGCGGCAGCUCCCCUGCAAUUCACCGUCAAUCAACCAUCGCCACGGGCAGUCCGGCUGGGCAUAUGGAACGGCGGAGGCAGGAGCCUGGUACUGAAAGAAGGGGGCAGAGGAGGGGCAGCAACGGCGGAGGCAGCAACAGCCGGCAGCUGAGUCGCUUCCACACGUGGGACAGUGCGCUGCUCGACGACGAGCCCGCCCCGCAGAUAACACCUCCCCCGGGUCCCCCCUCCUGCCGUGAGCACCGGCCCUGGAGGGGAUUCUCUGGCCGGCACCACGCGGCGGAGCAGUCGGAGCAGCCGUGGGCUGAAGGGGCUGACUGGGAGGAGAGGGACUGGCGUGGCGGUGUUGCUGGUGGCGCUGGUGGUGGCGUGGCACAGGCGGCAGCAGCUGCGCAUGCUGCAUCGCCCUGCACGGGGCCCGUGACUCGGUGCCGCUCGCACUCACUCCACCUCAUGCAGCCGUCUCUAGUGGAGCAUCCCUUGGCACGGCAUGCCAUAGAGGAGCACCUUGUUGCGCAGCAUCCUAUACCGCAGCAUCUCGUGGCGGGGCAUACCAUGGCAGAGGAUCCCACUGCGCGCCAAUGCCACGCUCACUCCGUUGGUCGCCGCCCUGUGCCCUCCACGCUGCUCCCGGACUGCCGCCUCCCCCGGCGCGCGGCAUGUGACGAGCGGACCGUGCGACACGCACGUGCGGUUUCGCAUGGCGGUGGGGGUUUGGGUGUGCAGAGAGAGGGGGAGAUGGCUGGGGCGGGAGAGAAUAUGCGGUGGGUGGAGGGGAAGGGUGGGGGGGAAGUGCAGGCGACAUCAUGGAAAGAGGAGGGUGAAUUGGGGGGCAUGGAGGCAAUGGGAGGGUGGCAGAGGGGUGUGGAGGCUGCUGAUAUGGAGUGUUAA